AACUCUAUUCCUUAUCUCGAUCUCUUUUUCUCUUUUCUUUUGCGUUACUUAUCUCAAUGGGAUCAACCACGGCGGGCGUUCUCUUCCUUCUCCUUCUAGCGGGAGCCCCUGCCGUCUUGGCCGUGACUUUUAAGGUCGGUGAUGUUGCUGGCUGGACCAGUGGUGUCAAUUACACGACUUGGGUCACUGGAAAGACAUUCAGAGUCGGUGACACUCUAGAGUUCAAGUACGGUCCUUCACACUCGGUGUCCGUUGUGAAUAAAGCUGGCUUCGAUGCCUGCGACAGUAGCGGAGCUACGCAAAGCUUCUCAGGCGGAGAUACUAAGAUCAAUCUUACAACAGUUGGAACUAUACACUUCAUUUGCCCUACUCCUGGUCAUUGCCUAGGUGGCAUGAAACUCGCCGUUCCCGUCCUUGAUCCUGCCACUCCUUCCCCAAAAUCUCCACCGCUUGCCCCACGCUCUCCGCGUAAACCUAAGACUCCAUCUCCAUCAGAGUCGCCCUCCCCUUCGCCGUCCUUGCCGACUUCAACAACCCCUUCUCCGUCAAACGCAGCUUUUAAGGGAGUCACGGUGAGCUAUGGAAUGAUGGGGCUCACCAUGUUAGUGAUAUUUGUUGCCAUGAGCUAAAUUACAUAGUGUACAGAGCUUUGUUUGCUCAAUAUUGUUUUUUGGUCUGGAUCUUUGUAACUACUAUUACUACACUAUCACCUGCUUUUGUUUCUAAUGAUUUUUUCCUUGUCAUUUUCAUUUUUGUAAUUGGUAAAUUGUGCAGGCUAUGUAUAAUCAUGUUCUGUUGGAUAAGCUUCAAAUAGCUUACUUAGAGAACAAGUUAUUCAUUAAGAUAAGUAGAAUAACAAUAGGAUUAGGAUUAAGAUAAGUUCCUUGUUCAUGAUGUAAUAGGAUAAAACUAAGGUUUCUAUUACCUAUAUAUAGAGACUAAUGUAAGAGAUCUCAAGUUAAGAAAGAAGAUUAAUAAAAACGAAGCUACUGUUUUUGUUAUACAAGAGUCUUAUACAAGUAUUGU